CGAUAACAAUUUUACUGAAAUGAGCCAAGCCUGACGGAACCUUAUAUCUUACUACAGUCUACAAAGUACAAACAUGUAGACAUGUAGUACAUAUUCUUACUCCAGAUUAACACCCAUGCAUACAUGGUUCAUUCAUUGGCCACAAAGCUGACUCGCUGCUGUAAAACAAACCUCUGGCCUCUGAAGAAAUCAUACACCACCUCUUCUUCAUCACUAGCUCUUGCAAUUACCCAUUACAACGUACAGCCCACAAUCCUUUUGAUUCAAUGCCUUGCAGAGUAUCCCAAUCCCCAAAUCUCAAGCUUUCUUCAAAAUGGUUUCUCAAGAAUCACUACCAGAGCUGUUGGGUUAGCUCUACAUGGAUUUAUCAUAAAGCUAUCAUAUGAUUUGGGUGUAUUUAAGACCAAUACAUUGAUGAACAUGUACUCAAAAUUUGGGAAUUUAGAGGCUGUUAGGUACCUGUUUGAUCAAAUGCCUGAGAGAAAUGAGGCUUCUUGGAGUACCAUGAUAUCAGCUUAUGUGAAGAUGGGUUUUUAUUUAGAUGCUAUCAAGUUGUUUGAUGAAAUGAGAUUUGAGGGGUUUGGGGUCAGUGGGUAUGUUGUUGCUAGUGUUUUUACUGCGUGUAAUAGGUCACUGGAUAUGGUGUGUGAAGGGUUGCAAGUUCAUGGUUUGGUGGUGAAAAAUGGGUUGUGUAGUGUUUUUGUGAGUACUAGUCUUUUACAUUUUUAUGGUGUAUAUGGUUUGGGGUGUGAGGCUCGGAGGCUCUUUGAGGAGAUGCCGGAAAGAAAUGUAGUGUCUUGGACUGCUCUCAUGGUGGGCUAUUCUGGUAGUGGUGACUUUGUUGAGGUUAUAAAUGCUUUUAAACAUAUGAGAGUUAGCGGAGUCGAUUGUAACCAAAAUACAUUUUCCUCGGUAAUUAGUGCAUGUGGUUCUCUUGAAAAUAGAUUACUUGGUUAUCAAGUUCAUGGAAAUGUUAUAAAAUUUGGACUUGAUGAGGAUCUCUCUGUGUCGAACUCAUUGGUAUCUAUGUUUGGUAACUUUGGUGAGGCGCAGGAAGCUUGGAAUGUUUUUGACCAUAUGAAUGAGCGCGACACCAUUUCAUGGAAUUCAGUGAUUUCUGCAUUUGCACAUAACUUGAUGCAUGAAGAAGCACUAGAAUGCUUUUACCUAAUGCGUCAUGAUCAUAAUGAUUUUGAUGCGACUACCCUCUCCACAUUGUCAUCAGUUUGUGGUACUGUGAAUAGUUUGAAGUGGGGUAAAAGAGUUCAUGGUCUAGCAGUUAAAUCAGGACUUGAGUCUAAUAUUUGUGUGUGCAACACUCUUCUUACAAUGUAUUCCGAAGCAGGAAGAUGUGGUGAUAUGGAAGAUUUGUUUAAAGCAAUGCCAGAGAGAAAUCUAAUCUCAUGGAAUUCAAUGAUGGCUAGCUAUGUGCAGGAAGGAAGACAGUGGGAUACAUUAAAAGUUUUAAAUAAACUGCUUCAGAUGGGGAUAAAAUUGAACCAUGUGACUUUUGCAAGUGCUGUGGCUGCAUGUUCAGACCCUGAUUUUCUUGUUGAAGGAAAAGCUGUCCACGCACUAGUACUUGUCGCUGGGCUCCACAACAAUUUGAUUGUUGGGAAUGCACUGGUAAAUAUGUAUGGAAAAUGUGGCAUGAUGUGGGAAGCUAAGCAAAUAUUCCAGAUGAUGCCCGAGAGAGACCUAGUUACUUGGAAUGCUCUUAUAGGUAGUUAUGCAGAAAAUGAGGAACCUGGCCAGGCAAUGAAACUUUUUAUUUCAAUGAGAAAGGAAGGCAUGCAUGCAAAUUACAUUACCAUGAUCAAUAUUCUUGCAGCUUGCUCUACCCCCAUUGACCUGCUUAAUCAUGGAAUGCCCUUGCAUGGGCAUUCAGUAUUUACUGGUUUUAUAUGUGAUGAUUAUGUGAAGAAUUCUCUUAUCACGAUGUAUGCCAAAUCUGGUGAUCUUAAGUCAAGUAAUAGCAUCUUUAAUGGAUGGGGUUGCAGGACCUCUGUUACCUGGAAUGCGAUGGUUGCUGCAAAUGCGCAUCAUGGUCAUGGUGAAGAAGCUUUUAAACUUUUCGUGAUGAUGCAAAGAGCCAAAGUUGAUUUAGAUGAAUUCAGCUUCUCUGCAGUUCUUGCUGCUACGGCAAGUUUAGCUAUUUUAGAGGAAGGGCAGCAGCUCCAUGGUUCUACCAUUAAACAUGGGUUUGACUCAUCUCUCUAUGUUACAAAUGCUACAAUGGAUAUGUAUGGCAAGUGUGGAGAAAUGAAUGACGUACUAAAAUUACUCCCUGAAACAUAUAAUCGAUCAAGACUAUCAUGGAACAUAUUGAUAUCAGUUUUUUCUAGGCAUGGAUCUUUUCAGGAAGCUAGGCAAAGUUUUCAUGAAAUGACAUGUCUAGGAGUGAAGCCUGAUCAUGUCACCUUUGUCUCUCUUUUAUCAGCAUGCAGUCAUGGUGGUUUAGUUGACGAGGGUCUUGCUUAUUUUGCUUCAAUGACCCAGGAUUUUGGAGUACCUGUAGCAAUAGAACAUUGUGUUUGCAUAAUUGAUCUUCUUGGACGAACUGGAAGACUGGCGGAGGCUGAAGCUUUUAUACAAAAAAUGCCAGUGCCGCCAAAUGAUUAUGUAUGGCGGAGCUUGUUAGCAGCUAGUAGAAUCCAUGGAAAUGUAGAUUUGGGGAGGAAAGCUGCUAAACAUCUUCUUGAAACAGACCCAUCAGAUGACUCGGCAUAUGUUCUCUAUUCAAAUGUAUGUGCAACCUCAGGGAGAUGGGAGGACGUGCAAAAUUUGAGGGGAGAGAUGGAUUUUAAAAAGGUAAAGAAGAAGCCAGCUUGCAGUUGGGUUAAGUUGAGGAACAAGGUGAGUUCAUUUGCAAUAGGAGAUCGAUCUCACCCACAAACAGAACAGAUAUACGCAAAGUUAGGAGAGCUUGAAAAGAAGAUCAAAGAAGCUGGUUACAUAGCGGAUACCAGCUUUGCAUUACAUGAUACUGAUGAAGAACAAAAAGAACAUAGUCUCUGGAACCACAGCGAGAGACUGGCCCUUGCUUAUGGUUUAAUCAGCACUACAGAAGGUUCUACUCUUCGAAUUUUCAAGAAUCUUAGAGUUUGCUGUGAUUGCCAUGCAGUCUACAAGUUUGUAAGCAGCAUUGUCAAUAGACAAAUCAUGCUUAGAGACCCGUAUCGAUUUCACCAUUUCGAUGGUGGCAAAUGUUCUUGUGGAGACUACUGGUAGUGUAGUGUUUAGGAUUGUAAUCAGAGUAGAACAGACCCAUAGCAACUUGAAUCUGUCUAUACACACACAGUAACAGUAGCAAUAGAUCUUGAGAAGAGAGGAAAAAACGAGGCCUAUGUUGUUUGAAUUGUUAUGGUA